CUUCCCGUCGGCCCCCGCGGGAGGUCUCUGGGUCUCCGCUCGUUCCCCGGGUCCGGACCGCAGGUGUGAUGGUCGGCUCCCACGCUGACAUGGCGCCGGCCUCCACCGCCGAGGGCGCCGGGGAGAAGCCGGGCCCCGCCGCCCCGGCCGCGGCCGCCCAGUACGAGUGCGGGGAAUGCGGCAAGUCCUUCCGCUGGUCCUCGCGGCUCCUGCACCACCAGCGCACGCACACGGGCGAGCGGCCCUACAAGUGCCCCGACUGCCCCAAGGCCUUCAAGGGCUCGUCGGCCCUGCUCUACCACCAGCGGGGCCACACGGGCGAGCGGCCCUACCAGUGCCCCGACUGCCCCAAGGCCUUCAAGCGCUCGUCGCUGCUGCAGAUCCACCGCAGCGUGCACACGGGCCUGCGCGCCUUCACCUGCGGCCAGUGCGGCCAGGCCUUCAAGUGGUCCUCGCACUACCAGUACCACCUGCGCCAGCACACGGGCGAGCGGCCCUACCCGUGCCCCGACUGCCCCAAGGCCUUCAAGAACUCGUCCAGCCUGCGGCGCCACCGCCACGUGCACACGGGCGAGCGGCCCUACACCUGCGGCGUGUGCGGCAAGAGCUUCACGCAGAGCACCAACCUGCGGCAGCACCAGCGCGUGCACACGGGCGAGCGGCCCUUCCGCUGCCCGCUGUGCCCCAAGACCUUCACGCACUCCUCCAACCUGCAGCUGCACCAGCGCACCCACGGGGCCGCCCCCGCCGCGGCGCCCGCCCCCGCGCCCCCGCCGGCCAAGGUCUUCCCGGACACCUACCUGCAGCCGCCCCUGCACGCCCCCAGCCCGCCCGCGCCCCCGCCGCCCGCGCCGCCGCCGCCCGUGGUGCCCGAGCUCUUCCUGGCCGCGGCCGAGACCACGGUGGAGCUGGUGUACCGCUGCGACGGCUGCGAGCUGGGCUUCGGCAGCGAGGACCUGCUGCUGGAGCACCAGCCCUGCCCGGGGCCCGAGGCGGCGCCCGCGCCCCCGGACGCACCCCCAGAGACGCCCAAGGCGGCCCCACCGGCGGCAGCCCCGCAACCGCAGCCCCCUCCUGCCGCCGCCACCCCCAGCUUCGCCUGCCUGCCCUGUGGGAAGUCCUUCCGGACGGUGGCCGGGCUCUCCCGCCACCAGCACAGCCACGGGGCGGCGGGCGGCCAAGCCUUCCGCUGCGGCAGCUGCGACGGCGCCUUCCCGCAGCUGGCCAGCCUCCUGGCGCACCAGCAGUGCCACGUGGAGGAGGCGGCGGCGGGGCGCCCGCCCCCACAGGCCGAGGCCGCCGAGGUCACCUGCCCGCAGGAGCCGCUGGCCCCUGCCACGCCCGCCCCGCAGCCACCCGCCCCGGCGCCCGCGCCCGCCUCCACCGAGCGGCCCUACAAGUGUGCCGAGUGCGGCAAGGCCUUCAAGGGCUCCUCGGGGCUGCGCUACCACCUCCGGGACCACACGGGCGAGCGGCCCUACCAGUGCGGCGAGUGCGGCAAGGCCUUCAAGCGCUCCUCGCUGCUGGCCAUCCACCAGCGCGUGCACACAGGCCUGCGCGCCUUCACCUGCGGCCAGUGCGGCCUCACCUUCAAGUGGUCCUCGCACUACCAGUACCACCUGCGGCUGCACACCGGCGAGCGGCCCUACGCGUGCGGGGAGUGCGGCAAGGCCUUCCGCAACACCUCGUGCCUGCGGCGCCACCGCCACGUGCACACGGGCGAGCGGCCGCACUCCUGCGGCGUGUGCGGCAAGAGCUUCGCGCAGACCUCCAACCUGCGGCAGCACCAGCGCGUGCACACGGGCGAGCGGCCCUUCCGCUGCCCGCUGUGCCCCAAGACCUUCACGCACUCCUCCAACCUGCUGCUGCACCAGCGCACCCACUCGGCCGAGCGCCCCUUCUCCUGCCCCGUCUGCAGCCGCAGCUUCGUCAUGGCCGCCUACCUGCAGCGGCACCUGAGGACGCAUGCCCCGCCCGCCCCCGCCGCCCCCGCCGCCGGCCCCCCAGCCCCCGCCCCUCUGGCUGCUGCUCCAGCCCCACCGGCCACCCAGGAUGUGCACGUGCUCCCCCACCUCCAGGCCACACUCUCCCUAGAGGUGGCGGGGGGCCCGGGCCAGGCCCCGCCCCUGGGCCCAGCAGCCCCCAACUCCCAGACGUUCCUCCUGGUGCAGACCGCCCAGGGCCUGCAGCUCAUCCCCAGCAGUGUGCAGCCCCCCACGCCCCCGCCCCCGCCCCCGCCCCCCAAGCUCAUUCUGUUGCCCUCCUCCAGUACGGGGGCUGGGGGUGGCCAGGCACGGCAGGGCCUGCGGGCAGUGGGGAAGGCCGGGCAGGGGCCUGGGGUAGUCUGGCUGCCCGGCCCUGGGGGGCUGGGGGUGCAAGGAGGGGGCAACGUGGGGGCUAACGGGGCAGGGCAGAGCCUCAUCCUCCUGCAGAAUGUGGGCGGUGGGGAGGGAGGGCCGCCGGAAGUGAGUGGGGUCCAGCUCCAGCCCCUGCGGCCAGCCCCGGAAGUGACCACCGUCCAGCUCCAGCCGGCCCCGGAAGUGACCACCGUCCAGCUCCAGCCGGCCCCGGAAGUGACCACCGUGCAGCUCCAGCCGGCGCAGGAGGUGACCACGGUGCAGCUCCAGCCUGUGGCGGGCCAGCUGUCUAAUCCCAGCGGCGGAGCCGUGACCACGGAGGCCCCCAACCUGCUGGUGGUCCAGAGCGGGGCCGCCGAGGACCUGCUGGCGGGCCCUGGGCCCGGGGAGCCGGGUGAGGGCGAGGCCGCCGCGGGUGUGGUGCAGGACGUGCUCUUUGAGACGCUUCAGACGGACGAGGGCCUGCAGAGCGUCCUGGUGCUGAGCGGGGCGGACGGGGAGCAGACCCAGCUGUGUGUGCAGGAGGUGGAGACCCUGCCCUCGGGGCUGGCCGAGCCGCCCGCUCCCGGGCCUCCCGGACAGAAACUGCUCAUCAUCCGCAGCGCCCCGGCCACGGAGCUGCUGGAGAACGGCGGCGUGGGGGGCGGGGCCGCCACGCUGCAGCUGCUGGCCCCGCCGCCCAGCGCAGCCUCGGCCCCCGCCGGCAUCCCCGCGGCCCCCGCCUCCCAGAUGGUACAGGUGGUCCCCUCCGGAGCCGCGCCGGGGGGCAUGGCCGCGCAGGGCCUGCCCUCCAUCCAGAUUGUCCAGACCCUGCCCGCGGUCCAGCUGGUGCACACAUUUUAAGCGGAACCGCUGGUCCCUCUUCCCGCCUCACACACACCCCGUCACACUGCCUGGGCUGGGCCGGGCCGGAGAGCCGGCGGGGCUUGCUAAUAAAGACC